AUGGUCGAGCUACCUGACGGCACCCUAGCUCGGGAUAAACGAGAACUGCCGGCGAAUCAGAAUUGCCCCCCGCCGUAUAGUGGACAUGCAUGCAAGCCAGUCAUUGUUGCAACAUCAAACGGGGGCAGGCACCAGUCAAAAGGAAACUCCGGCAGAAAGGCAAGUAGCAAGUCACGAGGAUGGAGAAGCACUAGUUAUCACCCCCCAAGCAUCCCUGAGUUACAGCAGCUGGCGGAGGCAACGCAAAUCGGGGAACCGGCAAGUUCUUCCGCAGAAGUCAGGCAGCUAGUAGACCACCUCAGUGAGCAAGCCAGGGAAGCAUCUACUUUAAUGGAUCUCACCCUAUUCACCUUCAGCCGAUCUCUAUACUAUAUUACAUCAAAUAGAAGCGAUGGCUCAGAAUUCAAGGAAGUGAACUGGCGGGACACAAGACUCUCCCACUUAAGACACUCCCGAAGGUCCAAGCUUCAGACGAGGAAGAAAUUAAGAGCCCUAGCCCUCGUACCAAUCCCUGAACCGGGCCUCCGCUCUGACUUGCCUUCGCCCUUGGACCUGGACCUGCGCACUUACCGCCUACUCAUGCCAAACACCUGUCUUGCUUUCAGCAUCUCUACUAGCGCGAAAGCCGUUGCUUGUUCGGUCAAAGAGCUCCUUCGGAGAGAUCGAUGGGAUAGGCGUGAAGGCAAAUUCUUCCGGUUAUCUGACUUUCCCUCGACAAUGCCGGAGAUGUUCUCAGAUGCUCAACGAUCGGGGGUUGAGCUGUCCAUGUGA